CGAGCGACAGGGGAUCAAAAAGUAAACUCCCAGCGAUACGCUCGCUGCGAGUAGCUUCUGAUGAGAGGGCUACAAUUCGACAGAUCUGGCGGCCCUAUGACUCAAAUAAGUCAUCCGUGUAUAAUCGUAUGAAUAUUAUGCUACUUACGAAAUGCCAUCGGAGGCCCCAAAUCCAGCAUAUACCAUGACAAACACCACGAAAACGCACUGCUAACGCGUACAUAGACAUCUCUCCCUCUACUUGUUUUACUCGUCCUGGGGUUUGGACGCUCCCUGUCCAGUAGACCUCGAGGAAAUACAUACGAUUAGUUUUUUAUUCUUUAUUCAAUACUCCUCGGGGGGAAACCCUCAUUGGAGCAGACGUCCAAUAUGCUCCUCGCUGUACAACAUGACGUCCGCUUUUUGGUGCAUUUGAUAUGUGUUCGUGUUGACCUGAGGAAUAUAAAAUUUACCAGUUUCGGGCCGGGAUAGGUAUGUCGCCUCACUUCAUAUUCGUUGUUAUAUAUUCAUGAUGUUCCUUUCCUUCAUAUAUCACAACUAGCAGGUUGCCCCAACACGACGAAAGAACCCGACAUGACGACGCACAAUGAACCACUUUCUAAGAGGGAGUCAGCUCAACCCAAGUAUGAACCCAGCCAGAGCAACAUUAAGGUCAACUCAGGGUAUUAUAUACAACCUUCCCCAUUAGAUUACCCAGACGACUUCGUCGAUGAGUUGUUAGCCUUCCACCCCCAGGCUAGCAAUGAGGUUUUGCUGUCGACCCAGUGCAGGGCCGACAAUUCGGCUGGUAUCUAUCAAGAGCAGGUUAAUCUUUUUGGGAAUAAUAAUUACUCCUCGGAUUCUAUCUACAUUCACCACUCCAGCCCAUCUGCUUGUAUCCAACCAACUUGGUCUAGUCAAGAUCAAGCCAUUAGUAGCGAGUUUGCUUUACCUGCUUACAACCAACAACCCUUUCCCGAACACGGCCAAUUUAUCUCCUCCGGGGACAACCCGCUCGCUCUAGAUGGUUACAACCCGUCUAAUUAUUACCCGCAAGAUGAAGAAUCCGCUCCGCCCAGCUACAAUCAAAUUACUCUACCUGACUAUGGCCAGCCCGCUACGUUUGAUCUUGAGCAAUCUACUAUUUUCGAGACCAGUGAACAGCCCACGUCCAUGACCCCUGAUCAGGUCGGCGCAUCCAACACUGAUCAGUUUAUGUUCACAACUCCCGAUCAAAUGGACGUAUUCAAUGCCGACCAACUCACGUUCGCGACCCCUGAUCAGUCUACGUUCGCAACUCCCAACCAGAUGGACCUAUCCAGCCCCGAACAGUCCUCCCCAUCAUCUGGCAACUCCCCCGAGCGCUGUCAUAAGUGUAAAGCCCCAUUCAAGCAGAAGAAGGACUUAAUGCGACAUCUCAAUGCGACUAAGUCACAUGCAAACGGCCCAUGGUAUUAUUGUUCCUGUGGAGCCCCGAGCCUGCGCAAGGAUAACCAUAAACGCCACAUGAAAAAUUGUGGGAAGCUGGUUCUGGGUAGUUAUUGCGCUUGUAAUUGCGGUGCGAAACAUACUUACGAUGCUCAUUUGAAGCAUAUUGAACUCUGCGGGCGUCGUCCUGCCGGUCGCCCCGCUGGUCGUUCCGUUCGUCGUUCCAUUCAACCUUCAGUUCGUGUAUCCUUUUCAGUCUGAGGCGGAACUGCUGCUACUACAUGUUUCUUUUCAUAUUUCAUAGGAUAGUGUCAUUAUUAGGACGGCUCACGUCCAACACACUUUCGUGUGGUGCAUAUAAAAUCAGUGGGUCAAUGGUU